AUGCAGACUCGCGCACUUCUCGCCUUCGUCCUUGCUGCUGUUUCCGCUGGGGUUGUGGCAGUCCCUGCGGAGAAGGCCAAGCGGGCGUCCUGCUCGGUUAGCAGCGUUGAUGAUGCCUCCGACCUAUCGGAUUGCUCUUCCGUCACCAUCAACGCGUUUACUGUGGCGAGUGGAGACACCCUGACCAUCUCUGCCGCUUCUGGUGCUACAAUCACUCUUGCUGGUGAUGUUACCUUUGCGAAGAGCAGCGCAGAAGGCCCCUUGAUCACCAUUGACACCGAUGUGAGCAUGUUCUUGAGAGUUGUGGCGUCGCCUUAUUUACUCCGGCAUCAGGAUGUUACUUUCAACGGCGCGGGGCACGUCAUCGACGGAAACGGUGCUGAGUACUGGGAUGGCGAGGGCACGAACGGUGGUGUCGACAAGCCGCACCCGUUCGUCAAGUUUAAGGGCUACGGCACAUUCUCCGACUUCACCGUCAAGAACUCGCCCGCUCAGGCCAUCUCGGUCGGCACAACGGGUGGCUCUGCCGUCUUUGACAGCGUUACCGUGGACAACUCGGCUGGCGAUGACGGUGAUCUUGGCCACAACACCGAUGGCUUUGAUGUUUCCGCGGAUGACGUGACCAUUCAAAACUCCAAGGUUAUGAACCAGGAUGACUGCGUGGCCAUCAACAAGGGCACGAACCUCGUCUUUAAGGACAAUACAUGCUCGGGCGGACACGGUAUCUCUAUCGGCUCUAUCUCUGACGACAAGGUCGUUUCUGGUGUCACGAUCUCGGGUAACACCGUCACCGACUCGAUGUACGGUAUGCGCAUCAAGGUCAAGACUGACGCGACGGGCUCCGUUUCCGACGUGACGUACUCGGGCAACACCAUCUCCGCCAACGACAAGUAUGGCUUCCUCAUCUCUCAAAGCUAUUCGGACGACUUUGGUACUCCUGGAACUGAUAGCACCGUCUCCGGCAUCAACUUUACCGGUGACAAGACCACAGUCACCACCACCGGCGACUAUCCUGUUGUUGGCGUUGACUGUGGCCACUGCACGGGCACUUGGGACUGGUCGUCGCUCGUGGCUUCUGGUGGCGAAGCUUCCAACCUCGUUCUGGAUGAUGCUACGAUCUCGGGUGGCACGUACUAA